AUGGGACGGUCAAGGAAAGGUUUCAACUGGAAAGCCAGACAGAGUGGGGAAACAGAAAGUUCUACAUUCCCUGAAAAGCCUAAAGAAGAUGGGGCAUCUACAGAAAUCGGAGAAAAAUAUGGGCCAAUUGAUGGCGAUACAAAUUCGUUUGUUGUCGCUCAAAAGAAAGACAAAUUGUCCAAAAGAGUUGAUCAGGGUAAAGUGAUAAAGAAGCUAUCCAAGCGCCAAAGGAAGAGACUCGAAAAGAUUGUUGAAAAGAAGCAAAAGAAAGCCAAAAGAAGUGAUUUGUUUAAGGAACUUGAACAAUAUGCAGUGAGCGAUAGGGAGCUCGCAUUGAUGAGUUCGUCCACAAGUAUUGGGCAGUUAGAUCGUAAGAGGAAAUUCACUGAAAGUGAAGGGGUUCCUAUAAACCAACAUGCAAUUCAAAGUCAAAUUAUAUCAAGUGAUAAGAAGGGGAGAAAAAAAGCUAAAAAAGUAAGACUGAUUAAGAAAGCUUGUCAACCAGUCCCAGGGAAUUUGUCCAAUGAUAAUGCAGGAACUGAAUCAGGUGAGUCCAAUGAUGAUGAUGAUGAUGGUGAUGAUGAUGAUGAUGAUGAUGAUGAUGAUGAUGAUGAUGGGGUGGAGGAGGAGGAGGAUGAAAUCAGUGACAAAGUCAAUUAUGAUUCUGUAAAUAAUGGGACAGUAAAUCUGCAAGCUACAAAAGCAAAGGAUAUUGAGAAAUCUCCUGAAAGAAAUCCUCAAACAGUGUCAAAUUCAUACAGUGAUCAAGGCAUAGAAUGCAAAAUUAAAACCACUACUAUUUCAGCAAACAAACCUAAGGCAGAGCCUGCAACUUUUAUAGAGGUGGAACGAGAACCUGAGAUUCAGGCAGCCAGACUUCAGCUCCCUAUACUAGCAGAAGAACAGGCCAUAAUGGAAGCAAUCAGUGAAAACAAUGUUGUUAUUCUAUGCGGAGAAACGGGUAGCGGGAAAACAACACAAGUUCCUCAAUUCCUUUAUGAAGCUGGUUAUACAAAAAGAGGAUUAAUAGGUAUAACAGAGCCUCGGAGAGUGGCGGCAGUGAGCAUGUCCCAGAGGGUUGCCAAGGAAAUGUCUAUGCCAACAAGCAAAGUGUCUUACCAGAUCCGUUAUCAGGGCAACACCUCUGAUGAGACAGUCAUUAAGUUCAUGACAGAUGGUGUCAUGUUGAAGGAAGUUGAAAAAGACUUUCUUUUGAGCAAGUAUUCAGUGGUUGUUAUUGAUGAGGCUCAUGAACGGAGUGUGUACACUGAUAUCUUGAUUGGCUUACUCUCACGGAUUGUACCUCUGAGGGCUAAACAAGGAAACAAACUUAAGCUUGUUAUAAUGUCUGCGACUCUGAGAGUAGAAGACUUCACUAGCAACACCAAGCUGUUUCCAGAUCCUCCAAUAACCAUAAAGGUUGACUCGCGCCAGUUUCCUGUUACUGUGCAUUUUAGCAAAAGAACUCCUGAUGAUUACAUACAGGAGGCUUUUCGCAAGGUUUGCAAAAUCCAUCGCACACUACCGUCAGGGGGCAUUCUGUUGUUUGUUACUGGCCAAAAUGAGAUCCAUGGUCUCUGCAGAAAACUCAGGAAGACCUUCCCAUUUAAGAAAACCAGUACUGGUGUUACUGAUGGUGGCUGUGACAUCGAUUUAGCCGAGUUCCCUACUAAGCCUGUGGCAGAAGACCGUGAAGCUGAAGAUGAAGAUUUAGGGGAACAUGAUGCCAAUGCUGCUGACUAUGAUGAUGAUGACUCUGCUUUUACACCAAGUGUGGAUUCAAGUCUUCCUAUGUAUGUGCUCCCCCUUUAUUCACUUCUGUCUAGCAAGGAGCAAGCUAAAGUCUUCCAACAGUCCCCAGGGGGUGCCCGCUUGUGUGUGGUAGCCACAAAUGUUGCUGAGACGUCAUUGACGAUUCCUAACAUCAAGUAUGUAGUUGAUACAGGGAUGGUGAAGAGGCGCUAUUAUGAUAAGGUUACUGGAGUUUCCUCCUUUAGAAUAACAUGGACUUCCAAGGCCUCAGCUAACCAAAGGGCAGGGCGCGCUGGGCGAGUUGAGCCUGGCCACUGCUAUCGCCUGUAUUCGUCUGCCGUGUUCACUAAUGAGUUUGUGGAGUAUUCUGAAGCAGAUAUUGUCAGGUGCCCAGUUGAUGACUUGGUUCUUCAAAUGAAGAGCAUGAACAUUGACAAAGUGGUGAACUUUCCUUUUCCAACUCCACCCAGUAGUUCUGCUCUGGAAACAGCAGAGAAGCUACUUCUUGACCUUGGAGCCUUGGAGGAGAGAAAGACAGUUAAAGGUAACAUCAGUGCUGUCAUCUCACCUCUCGGCAGCGCAAUGGCCAAGUUCCCAGUUUUACCCCGUUAUGCUAAAAUGCUCUGCCUAGGUCACCAAGAGAGUUGUAUGGAGUUCAUCAUCGCCAUAAUUGCGGCUCUGACGGUGAAGGAGAUAUUUGUGGAUGACAUCAAAGAGGCUGGUUUCAGUGGCAACAAGGAAGAGCUUCAGAAACAUCAUGUGAGGAUCACUAAAUUGAGACGUAGCUGGGCAGGUUUUGGUGAAUCCCAAAAGCUUGGUGAUAUCAUGGUAUUGUUAAGGGCUGUGGGGGCCUCAGAGUAUGCUGGAUGCACUGAGAAGUUCUGCUGUGAAAAUGGGCUACGCCACAAAGGCAUGCUUGAGAUACGCAAGCUUCGCACGCAGUUGACAAACACUGUCAACCUUGUUUGCCCAGAGGCUCAAGUAGCACUUAAUCCCAAAAUGGCCCCCCCAACUGCCAAGCAGUGCGAAGCAAUCAGGCAGAUAUGUCUGUCCUGCCUAGGAGAUCAUGUUGCUCGUCGAAUACCUGCUGAAGAGCUUACGGAUCCCAAACACAAGAACGCCUACAUCUGCACAGCAGUAGAGGAGCCUGUUUUUAUUCAUCCCAAAUCAGCAUUGUUCAGUGUUCUGCCUCAGUAUGUUGUCUACCAAGAGGUCGUGGAAACAAGCAAACUCUUUCUGAAAGGAGUGACUACAAUUGAGGUAGAGUGGCUACCUGUGCUAGUUCCAAACCAAUGUGCAUUUUCCAAGCCUGCAGAACAGCCCCCGCCUCGGUUUGAUGUCGAGGCUGGCCUUGUCAGGUGCCACAUGUCGUGUGCGUUUGGAGUGCGUUCAUGGCAAGUCCCAGUGCAAGAGUUGGACUUUCCACCAGGGCUGGAGAGGUACAAAUGGUUUGCACGCUUUUUGUUAGAAGGACAAGUAGUCCCUCGUCUUCAGAAGUUCACACCUCUUCUUCUCAGCUCCCCUAAUACGAUGGUUAAGUCAUGGGCGAAGCUCCACCCUCGAACUGAGAUGCUGUUGAGUGAGCUUGUCAGUGAGCAGGUAGACUCCAAGGCGGCCCUUGAACGAGCCUGGAGGAAGGACAAGCGGUACUUGCUCACUGCGUAUUGCCAGUGGCUUCCACAAAGCAAACACAAGCAGCUUGGGGCGAAAUGGCCACCGAUGGAAGUCUCACCUGACACUAGAAAUUUGAAAAUUUAGAGAAUUCCUAAACAAUAAUUUAAAGGGAUUUUUAUUUGUUCUCAUUUAUACUAGUUGUUAGCUAUCAGGCUUUUACGAAUACGUUGAUUAAAUGUAAAAUCGAUAGUAACAAUAAUAACAUCAAUAAUAACAUCUUA